UUCACACUUCACGUUGUACAGUCAGCUGACUUCAUGCAGAGAUCAGUCCGCUUUCUGCUGCUAGAGUUGGACUUUGCGACUGAACGGCACUAAACAGUAAACACAUCAUGACUAAAUACGAGGACGUUGCUGUUCGCGGCUACGAGGAGUUUUGCAAAGCCGCGUCUGAAAGAAAGGGAAAAGACAUAUUCGCUUACUUCUCUGGAGAUAAAGAUGAGCAGGGCAAGAGCUGGUGCCCGGACUGUGUCAAAGCAGAGCCAGUGGUCAGAGGAGAGCUGUCUCAUCUGCCAGAGGGAUCUGUCUUCAUUUACUGCCAAGUGGGGGAUAGACCUUACUGGAAGGACCCAAAUAAUGACUUUAAGAAGACUCUGAAGCUGACUGGAGUCCCCACGCUACUGCGCUAUGGCACGCCCCAGAAGCUGGUCGAAGAGGAGUGUUUUAAAGCAGACCUGGUUCGAAUGUUGUUCACUGAGGAUUAAUGUCUUGUGCCGCGUUUUCUUUGAACGAUUCACACGGUUUUUCUACUGUUUUGUCAGUCGCAAUCUAUGUUUCUGUAAUGUUCAGCGAAACUAGUUGGUGCCUGGGAUCAUGCUGCGGUGACUGCACAAGUCUGGAAAGCAUUCGUGCAAAUACAUCUGUGUGCACUGGAAGAUUUCGUUCGUAACAUCAUCAGACACUUCAAGCUAAUUCUCUUACUUUAAAGUCAUAUUCAAAAAAGAGACUUCGACUGUAAUUUCAAAUCAACUAUAAUAAAGGGAGAGUGCACCAAAA